AUGUCAUCUCGUUUGCCAAUGCGUAAACCACCUGCUGGAUCUUCAUCCUCAUCCUCAUCAUCAUCUCUUCGUAAACCACAAAUACCAGCCAGGAAAGGGCAACGAGUAGGAACCAACGCUAAAGGGACUCAGGAAGAUGGUUAUUUGUAUGUUGCAGGUGUGAGGGACGCUAGUAAUAGAGUGGCGGAAUAUAGGACGGAACAAGAUAGUUGUCCUAUUUGUCACACAGAUAGACAAUUUAAUCCAAAUCUUAGAUUACUAGUUUCACCAUGUUAUCAUAAAAUGUGCGAAUCAUGUAUAGAUAGGCUAUUCACUUUGGGUCCUGAACCAUGUCCUAAAUGUGGACGUAUAUUAAGAAAAAUCAAUUUCGCUCAUCAAACAUUCGAAGAUUUAAAGGUUGAGAAAGAAGUUGCUGUAAGAAGAAGGAUGGUUCAAGUGUUCAAUAAACGUAGAGACGAUUUUGGGAGUGAUAGAGAAUACGAUAAUUACCUAGAAGAAGUAGAAGAUCUCACUUUCAACCUACUCAAUGAUAUUGAUGUGGAAAGAACAGAAGCUAGAAUAACGGAAUUUGAGAAAUCGAAUGCCUCAUUGAUCGCAACGAAUCAGAAGAAGUCUGCAUUAGAAGCCAUGUCUCAAAAUGAAAGAGAAGAAGUCGAGAGGAGGGCAAGAGAAGAAAGGAUGAGAAUGGUAGAAGAGGCUGCAAGGAUUGAAAGGGAAGAAGAAGAAAGAAUCAAGCAUGAAAUAACCGAAACUUUGGCAAGAGGAGAGACUAAACGAGCGCGUGAAAUUGAAAUUACAGCAAGAGCCGCUAAACAAUCACGUCAAGAAUCAUUAUUCAAAUUCAUUCCGCCAUCUUUACUAGCCAACAUGUCUGAUUCCAAAGAAGAUGAAGUCCUACAUACACCAUUAUCACCUUCGUACAAUGGACCUUUUAUCCCUAUACCGUAUUCGGAUCCUAAUCAAGCACGAUAUAAAGAGUGGUAUGAGAUCAAAGAUGAUUAUAUGGAUGGAAGGAGUGGUGUGGUCUUUGUCAAAGAUGACAAAGAAGGUAAAGUAAGAGGUGGUGGAUGGGAUUUGAAUCUGUUUUGGGAAAUGGAAGUCAGAUCUGCUGUAGAAUCUUUAGGUGUUGAACCGUUAGUAUAA